GUGAAAGUUACGAACUUUGAAGAGAUAUCUUCUAAAGAAACAAUGAGCGUUGGGGGUAGUGAGGAAGUGAGGGCAUUGGAAUAUGGAGACGUGGGUAUGACCAGUGAGUCAUCUGAUUCGGAGAGGACGGAGGAGGGGGUAGGGAGAAGUGAGAUAGUUGGGGUAGAGGGAGAUAGGGUACUCAUUAUUGUAGUAGAAGUGGAGGGUAGGAAUGAGAGGUGUUAUGAUGUAGAUGCAGACAUUGUGUCUGAGGGGGAUGCCGAAGUAGAAUUAUUGUCAUCUUGGAAGGCUAAGAAAGCCAACCAAAAUAAAUAUAGUUUAAAUGAGGAUGAGGAAGAAGAGGUGGGGAAGUUGGUGAGGGAGGGGGCUGAGAUGGAUAAAUUUUUGAAUGCUACUGGGGGGGUGGCUAUUCCAAAGAAGCCGAGGAGGAAGUCAAAGACUUCCACCAAGGAAGCAAAUGAGGUGGAGGCUGGGAAGGAGUUAGUGCCUAGCACCUCAUCUGGAGUUAAGGAGGUGAGGCUCGAGGUGGAGCUGAAGAGGAAGGGCAGUGAAGAGCUCGUCUUUGAAGAGAAAAAAAGAAAAAUCUCUAAAAGCAAGCGUAAGGCUCAAGAGAAAGAGACAAAAGCAAUGAAGGAAGCAGUGGUGGAACUGAAGAAGAAUGUUCAACUGCUGGUACACAAUGGGAUGAAAGAGCAUAAGUUGAAAGCGGAAUUUCUUGAAGUGGAUAUUACGAAGAUCACCUUCGGCGAACAAGAGGAAGGAGUGGAGGAAAAUGAAGGGCGCAUUAUUUUUCCUCCCAAUUUCGACUUUGAGUUCGUGGCAGUGAAGGAAGAAGAAGCAGAGGUAGAGGAAGCUAAAGUAGGAGCAGGAGUAGAAGGAGCUAAAGUGGAUGAGAGUCAGCCACCUCUGUAAGUGGAGGUCCAUCUACUUCCUUCUGAUGAUGAGCAGCCAUCUCUUCCAGCCGAGCAGCAGCCACCUUAGCCACCUCCUUCAGCAGAAGAAUGAAGAAUUUUUGUUUUUGAUAUUUUUGUUUUGAUAAUAUUGGAACAUUUUGAUAAUUUGAACAAUUUGUAAUCUUUAUUAUUUGAUUUUAAUAAUAAUUUUUGUUUUUGAAAUUAUGUGUAAUGCUUGCUUUGUAUUUUGUUUUAUGAAGUAAAUCACUUCGGAUAUG